AUGCCUAGUUUUAUUCGAACUGGAGACUUGCUGUGUCUUCGACGCUCAUUGUUGCUUCAAAAGCGUCUUUUCGCGGGUCUUUCACAAGUUGAGUUACAGCGUCAAUAUAGUAGUUUUGACGUUAAAGUCCAAAUGAAUGGCCGCCAGUAUAUCAGCCUGUACAACUACACACCAAUAGACAAGUCCGAAUUGCCUCAACUUCAGAAAGAGAUGCGUGAGCAGUGGGGAAAUCUUGGCGUCUUGGGACGUAUUUAUAUCGCAGAAGAAGGGAUAAAUGCCCAGAUAGUCGUUCCACAGCAAAGUGAAAAUGCUUUCAGAUGCUCAUUUCCAAGUCUACUUGAAAAUGCUAAGCUCUUUUACGGUCAAUUGAUCGAUAAGACACCGGUACAGAUGGCUACCGAACCAUUUCACAAGCUAGAUAUUCGUAUACGCAACCAAAUUUUGCACGAUGGAUACCGAAAAGGCGACUUGAAUCUGCAAGAGACGGGCAAAUCUCUAUUGCCGGAGCAAUGGCAUAGAAAACUUAAGGUAAGGAACGAUGCAAAUGACACAGAUACCUUGGUAUUGGAUGUACGAAAUGUCUAUGAGCACGAGAUUGGACGCUUUGAUGGAGCGACAAGGAUCAUGGUCGAGACUUUUAGAGAUACGUUUGAUGCACUGGAUGACAUUUUUGAGAAACAUGAGAAGGAGCACGACGGACAUAAACCGAAGGAAGUCAUGAUGUAUUGUACUGGCGGGAUUCGCUGUGAGAAAAUCGGGGCAUACCUGACUCAGCAUAAGGGUAUUUCAAAUGUGCAAAAGCUUCACGGCGGCAUCAUCAACUAUGUGCAAUAUCUGCAGAAACAACGCUCGGCUGCGGUGAAAGCGUGCGCUGAGUCGGGCGAUGCUAUUGACGAAGUAUCUUUGUUCAAAGGCAAAAAUUUUGUAUUUGACCAGCGAUGCGUUGCAGAAUUUACUGAAUCGGAAGAGGUAACGAAAGACAUCCUGGGCCAAUGUCUGCAGUGCGGUGAGCCGUGCAACCACCACACCAAUUGCAGCAAUCUUAUGUGCCACGCGUUGAGUUUGCAGUGCUUUAAAUGUGUAGCAACCAUGAUGGGAGCAUGUAGCGAGACUUGCAAACAUGAAUUUGUCAAGAUGAAAGACAUGUCCCCCGAAGAGCAGCGCAACUACAGGAAAGCGAAUGGCAAUAAGUGGAAGAUCAAAAACCCAACAUCACUGUCUGUCCAAAGGUUUAUUAAAAUCAGGCCAAAUAUAAUGUCUAGUUUGCAGCAUAAAGCAUAG